CCACCUUUCCUCUCCUUUUAAGUUUGAAACUAGGGUUAGGUUUUGGGAGAAGCACCUGCGUCAGCUGCCAGGCCGCACUCCGAAAGCUCCCCGUGAACGGCCCCCCCAUCACCCACCAACCACGCUAUAUGCCCUUCAGAGCGUGAAGAAACGCGAUUGUAGCUUCAACCAUUAUCUCCGGCGCCGGCGGGGUGGCUUCUGAAGGUUUUCAGUGUGUUGCUGGAUAUCUCUUGACGUUAAGAAAUCUUUGUCAUCAGAAAAAUGUCAUCCCCCGAAGGCUCUCUGAAUGAGCAUUUAUCAGGAAAAACUUCCAUGUUUGGUCUCAAGGUGUGGGUUGUGAUAGGCAUAUCUGUGGGGGCUUUCAUGCUCUGCAUCCUCUUCAUGCUGGUUAUAUACCUCAAUACCCGGAAUCAGAGGAAGCUGAGAAACUCUUCAUUCAAACUCCCUAUAUCUCAAAUCCCUACUAUUUCCAGGGAAAUCAAGGAGGUGAAAGCAGAGCACUUCUCAACCAAUGAUUUUGUUGCUCAUGAGGGGAUUCUUCUUGCAAUUCAAGAGAAAUCCAGUGAGAAAGUCUUGGAUAAAGGCAAUGCACAUGUUGGUGUUGGUGGAUCUCAUUCAGAAUCAUUUCGAGUUGCAGAUAAAGAGUUUGGUUUUCAAUCUGGUGAUGAAAUGAACUCAGGUGCAUUGGCUCUUAAUAGGCCAUCUUAUUCUCAUCCAAUUGAAGGUCCCUCUCCUUUCACUGGCCUUCCAGAGUUCUCUCAACUUGGCUGGGGCCAUUGGUUCACUCUGAGGGACUUAGAAAUAGCGACCAAUCGUUUCUCAAAGGAGAAUGUUAUUGGUGAGGGUGGUUAUGGUAUUGUUUAUCAUGGCCAUUUGAUCAAUGGAACUCCAGUGGCCAUCAAGAAGCUACUCAACAAUUUAGGACAAGCAGAGAAGGAGUUCAGGGUGGAAGUUGAUGCCAUUGGACAUGUUCGUCACAAGAACUUAGUUCGUCUUCUUGGAUACUGCAUUGAAGGAACUCAAAGGAUGCUGGUUUAUGAGUAUGUCAACAAUGGAAAUCUAGAACAAUGGCUUCAUGGAGCAAUGGGUGGAACUCUCACUUGGGCAGCUAGGAUCAAGGUUCUUAUUGGCACAGCCAAGGCUCUGGCUUAUCUGCAUGAAGCCAUUGAGCCGAAAGUGGUGCACAGAGACAUCAAGUCCAGCAACAUAUUGAUAGAUGAUGAUUUCAAUGCCAAAGUAUCUGAUUUUGGUUUAGCAAAGCUGUUAGGUGCUGGAAAAAGCCAUAUCACUACCAGAGUCAUGGGAACUUUUGGCUAUGUCGCACCAGAAUAUGCAAACACUGGACUGUUAAACGAGAAGAGCGACAUUUACAGCUUUGGAGUCCUGCUCUUGGAGGCCAUUACAGGGAGAGAUCCUGUCGAUUAUGGCCGUCCUACGCCAGAGGUAAAUUUGGUUGAUUGGCUUAAAAUGAUGAUUGGGAGCAGGCGAGCAGAGGAUGUAGUAGACCCAAAUCUGGAGACAAGACCAACUACGAGAGCUCUGAAACGUGCCCUAUUGACUGCUUUAAGGUGUCUUGAUCCAGAUUCAGGCAAGAGACCUAGGAUGAGUAAAGUUGUCAGUAUGCUGGAGACCGAUGAUGAUCCUAUCGAGCGUGAGAAUCGAAGACGAAGAAAGAACCAAAGUGGAAGCAAGGAAAUAGACUUCCAUAGAGAGAGUUAAGACAAUGUAAACAAGUGAUGAAGUGAUACUAUAUACGCUUAUAUGCAUGGUUUUUCACAAGUAUAAAGAGAUUGUGUAUAUGUUUUGCGGCUUUCUUGUAAUACAAAUAAGAGAUAUACCAAAUGAAAAACAUGGCCAAGGAAAAUACUUUGAAAAA